AGUCACCAAAAAUGUAACUCUUUUAAAGUGUACCCAGCCCCGAAGGCGGUCCAGUUUUCCGUUCGUUGUUUCUUGUUUCGCACCGGAAAAUGGAACCGUGUGGUCUGUGAGCCAGUGUCGUUCGGUUUUCGAACAGCAAACGUUUCCUCGAAGCAGCGGCACAGUAUUUAAAAGUUCCGAAGGUCCGAGAGGAUGCAUAUUUAAGCUGCCACGAGCGAGGGCUUCCCCACACCGAGAAAUCUGUCACACGUCGGCGGGCCGAGUGCCGAGCAAACGAAUUUGGAGGGAUAUAUUUUAUGCUUAGAUGAGAAAUAUACCAGCGAGCAUCAUGAAGCUAUCCGAGAGCAAGUCCGACACGUCCAUCAUCGCGACGCUGUACAAGUCGAUCAACAACAGCUACCGGCGGCUGUCGAACACCAGCAACGUUCUGCACCGCAUCCCGGACAUGGAGAUCCCGUCGAUGGCGAUCGCCGAUGAGUACGACAUCGAGAAGAUGAUCGCCGAGGGUUGCUUCGCGAAGAUCUUCCUGGCGCACCAUCGGCCGACCGGCACGACGGUGGUGCUGAAAGCGAUCCACACCGAGCUGACGAGUCUGAAGGAGUUUGUGCGCGAGUUCCACUACAACUACCAGCUAAGCCACCACCCGAACAUUCUCAGCUGCUACCAGGUGAAGUUCCAGACGAAGGAGUACUACGUGUACGCGCAGGAGCACGCCCCGUUCGGGGAUCUGGCCGCGAACGUCGGGGCCAGUGGGCUGCCGGAGAGUAGCUGCAAGAAGAUCGCCGAACAGCUCAGCUCGGCCCUCGGUUUUAUGCACCUGAAGUCGCUCGUCCACCGGGACCUGAAGCUGGAGAACGUGCUCGUCUUUACGCCGGACUUUUCGCGCAUCAAACUGUGCGACUUUGGGACGACCACGCGCGAGGGAGUGCUGGUGAGCCGGAACAACAAAACCUGGACCGCGUUCCUGCCGCCCGAGGUCCUGGACGUGGUGAAGAACGAGCGCUUUUUGUGCCGGGCGUCGGCCGACUCGUGGCAGUUCGGGAUCGUGCUGUUCGUCUGCCUGACCGGGGCGACCCCGUGGAAGUCGGCGGACUGGGUGCGCGACGCCAAGUACGCCGCGUUCAUGAAGUACCAGAAGCGGGAGACCACCAAAAUCCCGGACCACUUUCGGCGGUUUACGCCCCGGUUGCUGCGUGCCUUCCGGCGCAUCUUCGAUCAUCGCGAGGAGGACCGAGCGAAGGUGACGGACAUUAUGAAGUACAUGAAGAACCGGUGGAUGGACGGGAAGAUUGGGGUCUCGAAGUCGGCGUCGAACAUUGCCAGCGCCGGCCAGCACCACGCGUCGCAGUUCGGGCCACACCACCACACCAGCUCCGAUCAGGACUCGGUGAAGUACAUUAAUCAUCGCGAAAGUCGCAACUCGUUCGACGGGAAGCUGCGGGCACGGCGGAUGACGAGUGCCGGUGCCCUGACGCCCGAUUCCGGGCCGGGUGGUGUUAGCUUCGCGACAACGCCCGACCAUCAGGAAGCGGUACGGAGCAAGGUCUGGGAUUGGCUCGAGACGAACGAUCUCAGCUGCAGUGGCAGUGUGGACGAUCUGACCUUCUGGAGCGAUACGAAGACGCUGCAGCUGAAGCACCAGCAACAGUCACAGCAACUUCUGCAACCGCCACAGCAGCUACAGCGGAGGCAAAGUGUCGGUCCGGUCCAGGUGCACCACCAUCAUCACUUUCACCAACAGCAGCAGCAGCAGCAGGACUUGAUUACCUUCACCGAGAGCCACAGCACGAGCUUCGUGCGGGACACGCGGACCAGUAGCAGUGCAAAAAUGUUCAAAUGAACUGAACAAACCGAAACCAGCAAAACAAAACACGAAACCCUACUAACCUCAAGUGGCCCUCAAGGGGCAGAGUGCGGCGACACACCGUGCAGCCGUGGAACCGGAACCGGGUUCGAGUGUGGUUCGCUAGUGUAGGUAGCUAGAACAUGUGAUUAUAUUAAUUAUGUGUGCGAUCGAAUGCGAAAUAGAGCAAGGGUUUGUUAGAAGCAUUUUAGAGUCAGUAUAGAGUCAGUAGACAGUCAGUAUGUGCGGGGGGAAGAUGGGAAACCUUCAGAGGAACACGUUAUAAACGGAAACACAAAUCAAAGAUCGGGAACAGAUCGGGAGAGAACACAUUGAAAUUAAAAGGACAAACAGGGAGGAAUUAAGUAGAACUCAUUGUUAGGUGUACAAAUGGUGAUAAUUUACGGAGGACGAUAUUUAUAUUGAUAUACUUAUAUACAGAUAUACCAUAUACAUAUUCGACCGGAUGCUGCAACAGACCAGGAGUGGACUAAAAAGAAAGCUAGAAAG